AUGUUGCCUUUACCCGUUCAGGCCUCCUCGAGGUUCCCCAUGCGGGCCCUCCUCAGUCAUUGCCUCUACCGACGGGUCAUGAUAUGGGCUAUCACCGUCACCAUCCUCUUGUGCCUGGUGCUUUUCUCGAGUGGAGUGCAGACCCGACAUGGCAGGAUCUUGGAUCUGGUCGACUUCAGGAAAGGCAGCCACUCCGAGACCACUAAAACCGGCCUUGGCAAAGGUUCCGCAACCAUUGAGCAGCAAGUGACCAUCGAGAAGUCAAAGGAGGAGGGCAAGAAGGAAGAUGCCAAAGGCCGAGAUCCUCUCCAUUGGCUGGAGUACAAGCACAUGGACGGCUACUUCAAUGGCAUCAAGGCCCUGGUACCCCUAAAGGAGCAUGUCGCCGAGUUUCCAGCCAGGCCAGAUACCCCGCCUGUCAUCACCGUCUCUCUCCAAACCGCUCUUCCGACUCCUACAGUUUAUGCCCCACACCCGGACUAUCAGUCAUCGGAAUAUGUAGAGAAGCACUAUCCUGUGCAAACAUGCUACCUCAACGAAGAGAAGCAAAUCCCAGCCCCGGAUUUGUACGUGUACGAUGGACUUCCACAGGGCGUCGCGAGGCCUGCAUUGGGAUCAUACGAGCUCCUGGGACUUCGAGAUGACAUCUGCUACGAUCGAUUUGGCCGAUAUGGACCCUACGGUCUGGGUUACAGCCUCAAGGACGGCGGUGUUGGAGAGGGCAUGGAUACCGAGAGCGAAGGAAGCGAGUACGUAUGGAACAAUACCGGCAAGAUCGACUACCACAACAUGAACUGGGGAAAGCUUCAGAAGCGCUGUGUCGAGAAGAACCGUGCACGAUUUUUCGAACCCGAGGACAGGGAGAUUGAGAAGAACGACAGCGAGAAGGACGCCCAGUCGCGUCUCGGCAAUGCGUCAAAGCAAAAGAUAGGACGUAUUGCGAUCGUGAUACGAACCUAUGUUGGAUUUCAGUGGACACAUCUCGCCAUCCUCAACUUCCGCGCCAUGAUCUCCGAGUUGUCCUUGCGUUCAGGUGGUGAGUACGACGUGCACUUCCUCCUCCACGUCAAAGACAAGGAACAACCAAUCUGGGCCGACGCGGAAACCGUGCAAAAGAUCCUUGACUCAAACAUGCCACCCGAAUUCCAUUCCAUCACUUCCCUGUGGUCUGAGCCGCAGAUGAAGCUGCUGUAUCCCGGGCACUUUGGAGAUGCAUUUGAGAACCCAUCGAACGGCGACAUUCACGGUGUUUACCGUUCUGCCCACAUGCCACUGCAGCAUUUCGCAAUGAUGCACCCCGAGUACGAGCACUUUUGGAACUGGGAAAUGGAUAUGCGCUAUGUCGGAAAUUACUACGAAUUGUUCGACCGGCUCGGUGCCUGGGCCAAGAAGCAGAGUCGAGUCGAACUUUGGGAGCGCUCACAAAAAUACUACAUCCCCGAGUACCACGGCAGCUGGUCCAACUUUACAGACGUUGUUCACCAAGAGACUGACGCGUCUGGCCGUCGAACAAUUUUUGGGCCCGUCAUCUUUCCUGGUCGCCAGGCUCUACGUGCGCAAGAGCGCGGGUUCAGCUUCAUGCCUGAUACAUGUGCCAGCGGAGGAAACAUCACAGAGUGCGGCAUAGGCGAGGAGGCGGACCUAAUUACCCUCAAUCCCAUAUUUGACACGGACGAGUCCGGCUGGGUUUUUGCUAAAGAUGUGUCUGGAUACGACCGCAACAUGCCAGUUCCGCCUCGGCGUUGUGCAAUCGUCACAGCCUCCCGAUUGUCCAGGCGUCUACUCCAGGUCAUGCACGAAGAGACAUGGCGUCUGCACCAUAGCAUGUUUUCCGAGAUGUUCCCGGCCUCGAUGGCACUGCAUCACGGAAUGAAAGCUGUGUACGCACCACAUCCCGUUCUGAUUGACAGGAAAUGGGACAUCGACAGGGUCGACUGGGCUUUCAACGGAGGCCGUUCUCACAGUACCAGUGGCCGCGGCUCGCCAUACGAUCUCGACAACGAGCACAACCACGCAGGCACUAGCUGGUAUUAUAACAGUGAGUUUGCGGGUCUGUUAUGGCGCCGCUGGCUGGGUUACGCCCAGUAUGACGGACGCGGUGACAACGGUGGACGCGCUGGGGAGGGGACCCUACGUGGAGGAAAGGCAGAGGAAAGCCGACCAGACAGCACGGGCCGGUUAUGUCUGAGGAGCAUGCUCGUGCAUCCCAUCAAGUGGGAGAACCCAUCGGAGAGAACCUAG